AUGGGAUUCAUUCAUGGAGCGGAACCUGAGGAUAGAUCUAUAUCUGGCAGUGAGACGGUCGUUUACUCGGAUGCGGUGGUUAACCCGGUAGAUCAGGAUCAGCAUAAUGCAGAAGUUGCGAAAUUGCGUGAUGAGAUAGCACAUGCCAAGGAGGAGCUAAACGCAGAGAAUACUAGGAUGGCUGCGGAGCAGGCCGCGUUGGAUGCUCAAGUGCAGCGGAUUCAGUCGGAGUCUUUCCGGCUCAUGAUGGAUCAGAACGCUUCAAACGAACUCAAGAUGCCGGGUUACAAGGGUACUAUCAAAGUGCAUGGAAGCUGGAAGAUAGCUUUGGAAUGUGAAGAAGGGGACGCGGCUUAUGCUGAAUCCAUCCCCACCCGCCGCCACCCCCACUCACCCACCCACCGCUCACCCACCCUCUCCCCUCGACUCCCCAGAUCCUUCCUCGCGCUUGGUCACGCCGCCCUCCUCCUCUCUGCGCUCCAUGGCCGGCACCGCAGCCUCGUCUCCACGGCCGGCACCGUACCCUCUACGCUGGCUCCGCAGCCCCUCCUACGACCGCGCCCAGAGCACGACGGUGCCGCUGUUGCACGCACUAAUUCCCUCACCCUCCGCCGCCGUUGCCCUCUCGCCCUCCACCGCCGUCCCCUCCAAUUCCCUCACCCUCCGCCGGCGACAUCCACCCUCCCCCUCGCCUUCUUUCCCUACAUAGGCCCAAGAUGGAGCCGGUCAGACGGCUCUCCGAGAUCCGCGACGGCCACAGCGCAUACGCGCCCCCUCCACCUCGUCGUCACGGGAUUCGAGCUUGGCCGCGACGGAGGUGCUGGAGGUUUUCUCCUUCCCCACAAUCGUGCGCCGCGGGAGGUGCCCCCGUGCGUUUCUUCUCGGGUGACGACACAGCCGUGCGGUGGGUGGGAUUUGACGCCGCUCUUCCGCUCCGCGCGAGGAGGGAGUCGGCGGCGGCUCGGCUGCUCCGACUCCAUGGAGCCCUUCCAGAUGGAAUACCUUGAGGAGCGCCCCAUCUCCCUGUGGACUGAGAAGACCACCGAGAAGGAGCAGUUCAGUGUUGGCUUCUACCCCAUCUCCCUUGCCGAGAGGGUCGUCGUCAGCACGAAGCACAACAACGACGAGCAGUACGUGUGGGAGUCCCAGGCUGGUCGUUCUUUCACCGUCACUUGUGAUACGUCUGGGGAGCAGCUCGGCAGGGGUACCAAGAUGGUCCUCUACCUCAAGGACGACCAUUGCCUACUGUACUGAUAUGAAAGGUCAAGCAUGGAGGUUUCAAGAGCAUCCCUUCGUCCUGGUAAUGUUUUUUUGUUCCUUCUUAGUGUGCUGUAGUGGAUCCUCUGAAUCAAAUCAUGUUUCCUUUGUUCAUCUUAAUUAGAACAUUUGGCCAUUUGCGAAUUAUGGUUUGUUAAUUGUAGAUUAUUUUUCUGGUGUGCCCGGCAGAACUCUGCAGUUUGCUUGCUUUAGGACAACACGAGAUCUGAUUUCUCUCAAUGUUCAACGCCAAGGAUCUCAAUGUGGGGUGUGCUACUACUACGGUGCCCACAUUUGCUUCCAUUUCUUCUCACAAGCAUAUGCACCUGCACGUCUAGUCUGUGGGCGACUGAGGAAGGCAUGUUGUCUGUUUUCUUGAAGGCCGUUUUGUUUGUUCCCAGCCCUAACUACGGUUGUCCAGCUAGUUCGGCAUGUUGUUCAUAUCACUAUGGUAGUCCAACGAGUUUGACAUGUUGUGAGUUUGGCAUGUUCAUGACGGGAGCAGGUGCCAGUUUGUGAUUGCUUGUAAAGCUUGUAAAGUACUGUAUUACACUUGUAGUCAUUACUGUGAUUGCCACUGUAUUACAGUUGUAAGGAUCAGUGGCAGAUUGCCACUGUAUUACAGUUGUAAGGAUCUGGUUGCUCUUAUUUGAA